AUGUCGCAAUCCCUCCGCCCAUAUCUCCAGGCCGUCCGGAGCACCUUGACAGCUGCCCUCUGUCUUUCAAACUUUGCUUCCCAGGCAUCGGAACGACACAAUGUCCCCGAGGUUGAAGCGCGCACCUCUCCUGAGGUUUUGUUGACCCCCUUGACAGUUGCUCGCAACGAGAACGAGCGUGUCCUUAUCGAGCCUAGUAUCAACAGCGUCCGCGUUAGCAUCAAGAUCAAACAGGCCGACGAAAUAGAGAACAUCCUGGUUCACAAGUUUACUCGCUUUCUGACACAGCGUGCUGAAUCCUUUUUCAUUCUUCGGAGGAAGCCGAUCAAGGUUCGCACCUACACCGCAAAUCCACAGGGGGUGUGGAGCUAA